AUGGCCUCGGCCCCAAGCCCACCCCGGGUCCCCAAGCCCAAGGGCAUCCAGCCUUCACACUAUUACGAGAGCUUUCUAGAGAAAAAGGGACCCUGUGACCAGGGUUACAAGAAGUUCUGGGCAGGUCUCCAGGGCCUCACCAUCUCUUUCUACAGUAGCAAUCGGGACCUCCAGCCCCUGGAGAAGCUAGACUUGAGAGCCUUUGUGAAACUCACAGAUGAAGCUCCCUGGGCAGGCUCACGUGACCCUGGCAUCCACUUCAGCCUGGUCCUCCGGGAUCAGGAGAUCAAGUUCAAGGUGGAGAGCCUGGAGUCUCGCGAGAUGUGGAAAGGCUUCAUCCUGACCGUGGUGGAGCUCCGCAUCCCAUCCAAGCUAACCCUGCUGCCAGGACACCUGUAUAUGAUGGCCGAGGUCCUUGCCAAAGAGGAGGCGCGCCGCUCCCGGGAGACGCCGUCGUGCUUUCUGAAGGUGAGCCGGUUGGAGGCCCAGCUGCUCCUGGAGCGCUACCCCGAGUGCGGGAACCUGCUGCUGCGGCCCAGCGGGGACGGCAAGGACGGCGUGUCAGUCACCACGCGACAAACGCUCAACGGGGCGCCGGUGGUCCGGCACUACAAGGUGAAACGCGAGGGCGCUAAGUACGUGAUCGACGUGGAGGAUCCGUUCUCCUGCUCCUCGUUGGACGCAGUGGUCAACUAUUUCGUGUCGCACACCAAGAAGGCGUUGGUGCCAUUCCUGCUGGACGAGGACUACGAGAAGGUGUUAGGCUACGUGGAUGCGGAUAAAGAGAACGGGGAGAACGUAUGGACAGUGUCCUCUGCCCCUGACUCGGACCCAGGUCCUGCACCCCCUGCAGGUGGCCCCAAGUCACUGCCUCCUGUGGUAUCCAGCCAGGACAAACUGCCCCCAUUACCUCCCCUGCCCCCGCUACCGAGCCAGGAUGACAACUACGUGACCCCCAUUGCAGAUGCCCCAGCUGUGGACUAUGUGAAUCAGGAUGUGUCUUCCUCUGGUUGUCCGGUUGUCCCAAAGCCCAAGAAGUUAGCAAAGGCUCCAGCAAAGCCUCCAAAGCCACCCACUUUGCCCAAGCCAGGUAGGGAUCCCUCCCCACUUCCUCCCCCAUCUGCCAGAGGGCAGCCGGGUCCCACGUCUGCCUUCUUUACAGUGCCCAAAGGCAACAACAGGCCGCCGGCCAGGAAGUUGGUGGGUGGCUCACCCCAGGCUGCCUUCCUUGCAACAAGGCUGGGGGACGUGACGGCCGAGCUGCAGGAAAGGCUGCAGAAGAGGCGGGCCCUGGAGCAGUGAGCCGCCGCCUGGGACAGGAGGGCUUUGGCCCCAGCUCAGCAGCCAUCUGUUCUCCCAGGAUUAAAACUUGA